AUGGCCUUGACAUCAUGGAAAGCAUUCAACUUCAUCGACGUCUCGCCGGUGAAGCUAGAGGACAGCUCCGUCUUCAAUAAUGACCUGUCGAGUAUAUGCACCGGUGCCGCGAACCUCUUUGUCGGAACCGCAGAUGGCUUCGUCCACAUCGUCUCCUCGGCCUUUCGCGUCGUACGAUCGUUUAAAGCCUACGACGGCGGCGGCUCCAUAACACACAUGCGACAAAUAAACGACACUGCUUUAUUAGUGACGGUUGCAGAGGAUCUCUCCAAUGAGCCAGUGCUGAAAGUCUGGGCGCUGGAUACAGAGAAAAAAGACGGGGGUCCGCGAUGCUUAUCAACGGUUUCGGUGCAGAACGCCAGGAGACAAUUCCCGAUUUCUGCCUUCGCAGCCACCGAAGACCUCUCCCAAGUAGCAAUCGGGUUCGCGAACGGAUCCGUGACGAUCAUCCGAGGCGAUCUGAUCCAUGACCGCGGCGCACGACAACGUAUCGUAUUCGAAUCUGAAGAACCAAUCACUGGACUCGAAGUCCAGAAUGGGACUAUCACAACGCUGUACAUUUCCACCACAAGCCGUAUCCUGACAUUGGUGAUCGCCGGGCGAGGCCAGGGUCAGCCUGCGCGCGUCCUGGAAGACACGGGCUGCGGGUUGGGAUGCAUGACACUUGAUAAAGAGGGCGGGGAUAUUCUGAUUGCUCGAGAGGACGCUGUCUACACCUACGGCCCGCGUGGUCGUGGCGCAAGCUAUGCGUUUGAAAGCCCGAAGACAUCGAUCGAUGCGUUCCGUGACUAUGUGGCUCUUGUUUGUCCACCCAAGGCUGGUAAUGGAAAGUCAGAUCCGUUGAGGAAAUAUACUGCUAGCCCUGGCCAGGAAAUUUUUGGCACAACAACGUUCACGCUGCUGGAUACCGACCUCAAAUUCAUUGCGCACAGUGAAGCGUUGGUUUCGCCCAUGAAGCAGAUCUUCAUGGAAUGGGGGCAGCUGUUUCUUUUAACGACAGAUGGGAAGAUUUUCCGUUAUCGCGAAAAGACACUCCAGCAGAAGCUCGAGAUCUUAUAUGAACGGAAUCUUUACAUCCUUGCCAUCAACCUUGCACAGAAGAUUGGAAUCGAUCCGCUUCAACAGAAUGCAAUCUACCGCAAGUAUGGUGACUUCCUGUACCAACGGGGUGACUACGACACAGCCAUGCAACAGUACCUCCGUGCCAUUGAUAAUACAGAGCCUUCGCAGGUUAUUCGAAAGUACUUGGACACCCAGCGUAUCCACAACCUCAUCGAGUAUCUCGAAGAACUACACGACCAUGGUCGUGCGACAGUCGACCAUACAACGUUACUUCUCAAUUGUUAUGCAAAACUCAAAGAUACAAGCAAGCUUGACUCCUUCAUAAAGGCUCCCGGUGAACUGAAGUUUGAUCUUGAGACGGCCAUUGCCAUGUGUCGACAAGGGGGGUAUUAUGAACAAGCAGCCUACCUUGCAACCAAACACGGGGAGAAUGACAUGGUUGUCGACAUUUUGAUUGAAGACUCAAAGAAAUAUGCCGAGGCGGUGGAGUACAUCUGGCGUUUAGACCCUGAAGUGGCCUAUGCGAAUUUGAUGAAGUAUGCAAGGGUGCUGCUGACUCACUGCCCUGAGCAAACAGCGGACCUGUUCAAGGUUUACUACUCUGGCCAAUACCGGCCACGGACUGAGCCAGAAGAGCCAGAACAACCCCAACAACAGGCCACCAGUACAGUCCAAAGUCUGGCCGCUCUCCUACCCCUGCGAUAUAUGCAAGUUGGAACUGGCAAGCAGACAGAGACACCCGUACCUGAAACAGAGACCACAGAGGACAAGGUCGAUGAGACACCAGACUAUGAAAUCCCCAAGCCCCGCACAGCCUUCUCUGCAUUUGUAGACCAUCCCAAGGAAUUCAUCGACUUCCUUGAGACAUUGACACAAAAGCCAGACUUGAAGAAAGAUGCAAAGAUAGACCUCUUCACGACUUUGUUUGAGAUGUAUUUGGACACAGCAAAGGGAAAGAAAGACGCAACCGAGAGACAGGAAUGGGAGACCAAAGCCAAGAAGAUCAUUGAAGGAAAAGAUAUCCCCAUAUCAACAUCCAAUGUCCUCCUACUGUCCGAUCUAUCGAACUUCCGCGAAGGAUCUACCCUUGUCCGAGAGCAAGAAGGCCUCCGUCUUGAUAUUUUCCGCUCAUUCACAUCCGCGAAAGACACACAAGGUGCGAUCAAGGCACUGAGGCGAUACGGACCCGACGAGCCCCAGCUAUACGUCGAUGCAUUAACGUACUUCGCCUCAAGUCCUCAAAUCCUUGAAGAGGCGGGUGACGAGUUGGACGCUGUUCUGCAACGAAUCAACCAAGAUGGCCUUCUCUCCCCACUGCAGGUCAUCCAAGCGCUGAGCAAUAACGCAGUAGUUACGAUGGGCCGCGUCAAGAAGUAUCUCAGUGACAACAUUGACCGUGAGCGCAAAGAGAUCACCACCAAUCGUCGCCUGAUAGCGAGCUAUAAAUCGGAAACCACAGCGAAACAACAAGAACUAGACCAUCUGACCGACCAGCCCGUGGUCUUCCAAUCUCGCCGCUGCCAAUCCUGCGGUGGAAGCUUGGACCUCCCGACUGUUCAUUUCCUCUGCAAACAUUCCUUCCACGAACGUUGUUUGAAUCAGUUAGAUGAGGAUGCCCAAUGUCCUGUCUGCGCGCCAACCAAUGCAACAAUGCGCGCUAUCAGACAGCGCCAGGUCGCCUCGGCUGACCAGCAUGACUUGUUCAGGGGUGAGCUGACGCGCUCUAGGGACCGAUUCGGUGUUGUGAGUGAGUUCUUUGGAAGAGGCAUCAUGAGGCCACAGGGUACUAUGGAGUGA